GUAGUGUACGUGAGCACUCGCCGCUAUGUUGCUAGUUGAUUCUGCAACUUCAAUGUAUGUCUGUUUAAAGGAUGGCGCUGAUUGGAUUUGCUUAACUCAAUAAUUACUGCUUUAUUAAGCAUUAUAGAAAAAAUUGGUUCAGGACUUUUCAAUUCAAUUUUUAGCAAACAAUAACACUAUAUAAUUUGGUGGACGCUUUUUAAGAAACACCCUGUAUAUCUACCUAUCCUGACAUCUACCUAUCUCGCGUAAUCCUCUCAGAGGAGUUUACAAUAUUGUCUGGAUCCUCCUUGCGAAUAUGUACACAAGAUGUAAUCAGUUAAAAUAGUUAAAUGAUUCCGUCACAUCUCAGUGCUACACAGUAUCACUCGGACGAUUGCCGGAAAAGGUUCGUCUAAGCUUCGCUUUGGCGUUUAAAGUCGAACGUGAAAUAGUACUCGCAGCGCGAAUAAAAUGUCGCGUAUUGAAGACUUUCAGAAAUGGCUAGACGAGGUAAUGUCAACAAUUAUCGAAAAUCUCGGAUCAAACGUCAACGAAGCACGAUACGAAUUAUGCAGAUUUAUCGAUUAUCCUAUGUCUACUCAGUAUUACAUAAAUAUAAAGUUUAAAAACAAGAACGGUGAUAGCGACGAACGUGAUAGCGACGAACUUGCUAUAAUGCUAAAACGACCCACGCUGUUGGAAACUAAUAGACUGCUCAAUCUCGUCGAUUAUCAAUUCCACAAUGAGAUCCUGUUUUACCAGACGUACGCUCAGCCUGGUGAGAAUUUUGCAAAAUGCUUCUACGCAAACGAACGACCACCUAUCGAUUCGGUGAUUGCCUUGGAGAACGUCAACAAACGACAAUACUGUCCUUGUCCUUAUACGUAUGACGCUCCUCUGGAAUACACAUUGGCAGCGUUUCGUGAGAUGGGACGAUUCCACGGUAAAGGGUAUGCUAUGAAGGAACUGCAGCGCGACAAAUUCUUCGAUAUUGUAAAACAAAUUCAAGAAUGUAGAUACGACAAACGUAGAUAUAACUGUAAAAAUUUUAUCGAUAUAAUUGCAACACGAGCAGUGGACUACCUUCGCAAUCAUGGUCACGAUGUAACUUUCUGCGAUAAAAUGGAAGCUUUAUUUUCGAAAGCGUAUGACAAUGUAAUAAUGAAGGCGGUGGAACCGCGGGAGCCAUUGUCCACACUGUGUCACGGCGACUUUACAUUGAGCAAUACUCUUUUCAAGACGGACAACGGUGGACAUCGUGCGAUGCUAAUCGACUUCGCGCUUUGUAGAUACUCAACUCCGGUAGUCGAUCUUUCCUCAUACCUUUGUCUGUGCUGUUCGAAUGAAGUGAGGAAAGACAAAUUCUUUGAAAUAAUGCGAGUCUAUCACGAUGCGUUAAAAGAAUAUCUGCUGGAGGCUGGCGUUUCAAACAUCGAAAAAUACUCGUACGAAGCUUUGCUGGACGAUUUCAGAAGAGGUGGUCUUUUUGGUUUCAUUCUCGCAUCUUUCUAUUUAGCAGUAUUAAAAAAGCACGGUGAUCGGACCGAUAAAGAUUCUCAUCAAGUGUCAAGUAAGAUAUUUAAUGUUAAAAGCGGGGAAUUUCUAAAGCAAUACGGCGGAGACAAAAUAUCUAAAAUACUAGCUGAUAUGUUAUUACAACUAAACGAUUUUGGUUGUUUAAAAUACUUUUGAUAUCAGUGCAAUAUUAUUCCAAGUUGUUAACACUUAGAUUAUUAUUAACCAACAAUUAUGGGUUAAAAGAGAUACACGUGUUAGGAAUACUUAACGUAAAAAAAAGACGUCUUACUUCUUCUAAUUUGUAAACAUGAAAAUGUACUGUUAUUAAUAAACAAGUUAAUAGAUUUAAUUAAUAAAUAAGUUGGAGACAAUAAGUACUAAUAUAUCUGACGUAUUGGUGAUGCACAAAUGUAUAACAAUUCCUCUGUGAAAAGAUUUAUCCAACCUUUGAAAGGUAAAAGGAAUAGAAGUUAAAAAAAUGUAAAAGAAUUUUUGCUAAAACUGUAUAAUUUUAUUACUAAAAUUUAAUUAAUUAUAGCACACCGUUUCAAUACUUAUAAUA